GAGCUGGAACCUCGGGAACCUCGGACGAGCUGCGAGGCGAGGCAGUCAGUCGCUCUCAGCUACGACAUGCAUAACGCAUGAGAGCCAACAAGAUAUCUUUCUCUCCCGUAUUAUUAUUAUAUAUUAUUAUUAUUUCUUUUUUAUAUAUCUUUCUCUCUCGUUGGUGUCCUCGUGUGUACAGUCGCAGUCGUUGUCCCGCGAGUCGAGUUCAGUUGAGCAAGUUAAGUAGUAAAGUUUUAAUAGUUACACACUUUGUUGUUAACUCGUACGGGUGUUUUACUAAAAACUGUGCAAGAUACCGUCGACGGUUAAGUCUUGCACCAAGUCCAGUUUUAUACGAUAAAUCUCGUUAAUUUUGUGAAAUUGUCAGCAACCUCUACUUGGUUAUUUUUUUAUUUUGUCUAAUUUAUUUAAAAGACAACAAAAAAAAAAACAAAAACGGAGCAGCCGUCUUUUAAAAUUUAUAUUUUUUUUUUAAAUACAAAUAAAAAAAAAAUUCAUUGAAUUAGUGUGAUGAUUUAUUAUUAUUAUUCAUCUGGGACUGAGUCCCAAUAAAUCACAUCAAUGAGUUUAUUAAUUUGUUCGGGACUUUGAUAAGUGAUAGUGCGUGACUUUAACACAACACACGGGACCACACUUGUCACUUUAAAAUAAGUGACACAAUUGUUUUAUUAUUAUUUAAAGCUAAAUAAAUACAAAAUCGGUGUGAAUAAAGUGAAAUAUUUAAAUAAUAAAUAUUUAAAAUGCGUAAGAACUCAGAAAGAGAUGUAGUGAAAAUAGUAAGAUCGUGUAAUCCACCGCCGAACAUUGGCAGUGAAUGAAAAUAUUUAAAAUUAUUUAAAAAAAAUAGUAGUAGUAAUAAUAAAACAUUAAAAAUAAAUAAACAAUAUAAUACAAUAUAAUAUACGAACAAUAUAAUACGGACAAGUUUUAUUGAACAUUAUUUGACUAUUAUGUAGUAAUAUAAUAAUAGUAAUUGUGGUAACCCUUGAAUUCGGUGAAUAAAAAUCGAAUCCCACGGUUGUAGCAACUUUGCUGUAUACCUAGACCUAAACCCUUAGAACCCAAUCUCGGCAAGUGCUUUAAUCGAUCAAUUGGAUUGCCGACAGGUUGGCACAAACACAUCAAAUUACUGCUCAAAAAAGUGUGUAAUAAUAAUUAUAAUAAUAAUAACAAAAUAAAAAAAAGGGUAGUGUCAAGUGUGUUGGAGUGAAAUUUGAGAAGCCGAAAAGUGGUAUCCUGCUACAAUCUAGUGGGUACCGCUCCGACUUGUAAAUAAUUACGAGGGCGGACAGUCUUCGCGUUGACUGGGCAAGGAGUAGAUGGCAGCUACCACGUACAUGCCGAUUAGUAGCGCAGUAUCGGCCGACCUGGACGGUGGUUCGGGUACAGCUAUCGGGAUGAAUAUUUCCGUAAGUGGAUACUCAUCGGGCUCGCCUCGCAGCGCUGCCGAUGCUGGUGAAAUGAAAUAUUUAUCAGCACCCCAGCAUCACCAUCACCACCACCACCAUCACCAGGUGUCCUCGUCGCCGUCGCCUAAUGGACUCUCGCAUCCCGCGAGCCUGUCCUCGGCGAACCCUUGGGUCAGCUUGCAGCCAGGAAAUGAUCCUUGGGCGGCCUCCAUGGGGAUGCACCACACCACUCACCAUCCCCAUCACCAUCCACACCAAGGAAACUCCAGUUUAGAUGUUAAGCCUCUCACCGCCGCAGCGACGGCCACGGACUCCGUUCAGGGUAUGCAUCAUCGGGGUCCCCAUCAAUCCCCCGGCAUGGGUUCGCCCCAUUCUUGGCACGCACCGGUUGUUCCGUCGGCACAUUAUAACCCGAGCGGCGGUGCAGCCUCGCCAACUACCUUGCAGCAGUAUCACGCCGCGAUGAACGGAAUGCUGCACCAACACCCGCAUCAGCACCCCCAUCAGUUGCACAACCACCAAACGGGACUUCCUCAUCACCUCAGAGAGGCCCACAACCACAGUCCACCCUCGGGACACCCUCUGCAUCCUGGACAUCCGCUCGAUCGGGAUCACAGUGCCGGUGAAGAAGAUACUCCUACGUCUGAUGACCUCGAAGCGUUCGCCAAGCAAUUCAAACAGCGACGGAUCAAGCUGGGUUUUACUCAAGCAGACGUUGGUCUUGCGCUCGGUACGCUUUACGGCAAUGUAUUUUCUCAAACUACGAUAUGCAGGUUUGAGGCGCUACAAUUGAGCUUUAAAAAUAUGUGUAAGCUCAAACCUCUGCUCCAAAAAUGGCUCGAAGAGGCUGACUCGACGACGGGCUCGCCGACGAGCAUUGACAAAAUUGCGGCUCAAGGAAGGAAGAGAAAAAAACGCACUUCUAUUGAAGUCUCGGUAAAGGGUGCUCUUGAACAGCACUUUCACAAGCAGCCAAAACCUUCCGCGCAAGAAAUAACUUCUUUGGCAGACAGUUUGCAGCUGGAGAAAGAAGUUGUGAGGGUGUGGUUCUGCAACCGUCGGCAAAAAGAAAAGAGGAUGACACCUCCGAAUACGCUGGGCGACGGAAUGAUGGAGGGCAUGCCACCAGGACACCAAGGCCAAGGCGGUAUCCACCAGGGUUAUCAUCCACAAGACCAUCUCCACGGAUCGCCUAUGGGCCACAGCCAUAGCCCACCAAUGUUGAGCCCUCAGGGUAUUACGGCACAUUCGCUUGCGGCUCACUAGCGUUCGCCAGGGCCUCCCCCGCUGGGCCUCGCUAUAACCAGCUCGCAGUCGAACCCAACCAGCCCUGAAGGGUUACCGCCCUUCUAUCAUCACUACCUCCAGGCGCGAACCACCGGAUACGGUGCUUCGUAGCUGCAGUGGCAGCCGCAACAUCACUAUCAUCAGCCAAAUCAUCAGCAUCAACGGGAGUUUAUCCGCGACAUGCAAACGUCGAGCGGUGUUGCUGCUGCUGACGAAGAUGAUGACAACGAUCAGCUGCCAUCAGAAGAGGAAAUUAUUGCGUUCGAUUAUGUGAGACGGAGCGAGGCCUCGUCGGAGCACCGGGGAGGCCGUCGGCCGUACGUCCAGCUCGAUAACUUCGCGCUGCGACAAUACGAAUUACCGCGAGUUUAAUUUUUGUUAAUAAAAAAUAAAAACACAAAUAUAUUAUUACAUAUAUAAAUGAACUCUUUUUGUUAAAUUCGCGGCAACGAAAUACUAAUAAUAAUAAUAACUUAAAGUUAAUAUAGAAAUAAAAUAAAUGGAAAUAAUAAUUACAAAUUAAUGUACAUUGUGUCUCACCGAAGAAGAGGACGUUUAUUAAUAAAAUUAUUAAAUUAAGGACUGGCAGAAAAAAAAAAUAAUGACAGUUUUAAGGACAAUCUAUUGUAACAAAUAUAUAUAUAUAUAUAUAAAUAUAGUUAUUAAUAUUAUUAUUAUUAUUAUUAUUAUUAUUAUGAUUACAAUUAUAAUUAUUAUUAAUAUAAUUACGGACCUCACUCUUCGUCGUGCCGACGUUGUUGUUACUAAAUUGUUAUUUGUUUGUUCUGUGACGUGUGUCUCUCUCGACAAAGUGGCGUUCGCGUAGUGACUCGCCGUCGGACAGAUUGGUUAUGUCCGGACACCUUUACUAUCAUAAUAAACGUAACAAUAAUUAAAGCAAAAGUU